CGGCGGGCGCGGCCUGUCCCGGUCUCUUCGGCGCGACCGGGGCGCAGAGCGGGGGGGAUCUCUCGGGUCUCGAAAUGCCGACUGAGUAUUUCAUGUCAGUAGCAUUGCGGGGAAGGGUGCGGGCCUUCCGCGCCUCUCUCCUCAGAGAUUUGCCCGGGGAGGCACCGCGUGUGUGUCCGCCCGUAUCUGCCCCUGGCACGGUUUUCUAGUGUUGAGCGAUUAACUCUGUGAACGCUUUUUCCCUCUGCAGUAGCGUGUGGAUCACUCUGGAUGUGGAAUAAGAGCUCAGGAGGCAGUUUACCCAUAGGUUUACCUGAAAAAGCCGAGCACAUUUCGGUGAGGGAGGGAGGGCAGCAGCCCCGCGCUGGGCCGGCCCUGCCCUGAUGGCUGGUUGGGUGCAUCCACACCCCCGUGCCUCUCAUUUCCACUGCCUUGGGACACACAUCGCCUGCCUUCCUGAGAUCUUGCCUCUUCGCUGCUGCUAUAAUAAAUAAACUGCAUUAGCUCAGGCUGUGGUUUUCGUAGAUUCACCUUUUUGUUUCGGAAGGACUGAAUGAUUUGCCCGCAAAACACAGUCCCUGUCCCUUGUCCUACACCCAUUUAAUAUGUGGAUAUCUCAGAGAAGUCUGCCUGUAGAAGAAACUCUUAGAACAGUGGAGUAAUGAUGUUGCACACUGGUUCAUUUUGCAAUGUCAUCAGAUUUAUCUUUAUUUGCUUAGUCUACGUUAGGCUAUUUUCAGGAAAGGAAUUCAUGUUUUCUCCUACACCAUGGAGCCUUGCAGUUCUGCCCAGCACUUACAGGCUGGGCUGGAGAGAGAGUUGCUUUCUCACAGGAACAAUAUUAUUGUUGCAUGUAACAAAAUACAUUUUGUGGCCAAAACUGUCAAUUUUUGAGGGAGGGACUGGGAUUUGGAUAUCUGUAGUUAUGACCUCCAAUAAAGAAAAACCUUAGUACUCUGAUUUCUUAUUGUGUAAAGAAUGGCAAGGUAACUAACACCACUUUCUUUUUCUUCACAUUUGUUUCUUUUAAUCUUUUCAAUAACCCCUUGAUGAAGGAAACAAGACUUGUGAUUUACAAAAAGGUUAUUUUUAAAUGUCCUUUUAGCCUGUAAACAAAGGGAUGUCUUGUUCACUGUAGUGUAACCACUGUUGUUGCCUGCUUUUUGCAGUUUGUAACUGAUUCCAGUUCAUAAGGUAUCAAAAAGGCCCAGGUCCCUUUUUCUGUACAAUUGUUUGAUGUGAUGGUUUGGGCUGGAAUGGACCUUUAAAGAUCAUUUAGUUCCAACCCCCCUGCAGUGGGCAGGGAUGCUUUCCACUAGACCAGGUUCUUCUAAGCUCUGUCCCACCUGACCUUGAACAUUUCCAAUGAAAUGUUUCCAUCCACAGCUUCCUUGAGCAACCUCUCCCAGUGUCUCACCAUCCUGAUUGUAGAGAAUUUCUUCCUUUAAUCCAAUCUAAAUCUGCCCUCUUUAAAUUUAAAACCACUCCACAUUGUACCAUCACUACAGAUCCCAGUAAAAGGCCUCUACUCUUCCUCAUAAGCCUUUUUUAAUUACUGAAAGGCUGCAGUAAGGUCUCCCCAGAGCCUGCUCUUCUGCAGGCUGAACAAUCUCAGCUCUCACAGCCUUUCUUCAUAGGAGAGGCGCUCUGGACUUGCUCCAGCAGGUCCACAUCAUUACUCAGUUCCCAGCACUUCAGGGGGAUUCUCACCAGAGCAGACUGGAGGGGCAGAAUCCAGAUCCCCCAGUCUGUGUCUCUUUGCUGAAGAUAAUAAACAGUAUUGGCCCCACUGUGGGCCCUUGAGGGACUCCACUGGUUUGUGCUUGGUGCAUUGAGCUGCAACUGGUUGGAUGUGGCCAUCCAGCCAGUUCCUUAGGCAUUUAGCAGUUCUGCUUCAAGGCCAUAUAUCUCUAUUACUUCAUCUUUUCCUUAUUUUCCAUCUUCUGCCCUCCUUAGGUCAUUGGAGUUUUCAUAGGCCAGUUUAAUUCCAUGGAAUAGGAAAAAAACUUGUUUUUUACUAAGUUUUCUGCUGUUUUGUGAGUUCAUUUAGUUGAUAAAAAGUCUGAUGAGGACAUGAGCUGUCAGGGAAAGUGGGGAGAAGGGAAAUAAAGAGAAAAGUGAUGCCCCUAUUUUGCAGCAGCCAAGUUGUUAGAUCUAUUCAAGGAAGCAUAGCCACAUCAUAAUGAUAAUUAAGUUGCAUCCAUAGCAUAUUUUGCAUAACAUUUUUCAAUAUGCAGACUUAAAGUAGGAAAAUAGCUUUAAUUGUUUAGAACAUGACCUCAUAAGGCUGAACCUGCCUUCCUUUGUACUUGCCCAUCUGUAAUGCAGUUAUUGCAUGUGGCUGCAAGUAGUUGUUGCAGUACUUGAUGCAGCAGUCUUUUACUUGGCUGUUUUUCUUGGCAGUGUUGAUCUGAUACCCAGUGUUUGCACAUUGUGCAAAGACCACCAAUACCUAAUGUUAGAAACUUUGAAGAGUCCAGGCAGGCAUCUUGGUACCACUCUGCAUAUUUAGUACUGGCAGAUCUAUUUUAUUUGCUUGUUUUUGUCUUUGACUUAAAAAGAUAAUUAAUUUUUUAAAAAUGUUAUUAUAUUUGUAAGAGAAAUAGAAGUCUUCCUUUCAGUAUUGUGGUACUAUUGGCUGGGUGAUUAUAGCUGGGGAAGGUAUUGUACAUCUUAGAAAAUCUUACACAUCUCAGUAUUCAAGCUUUAAAAAUAACAGCAGAAGUAACAGAAACUGAACACAGCCAGAAAAAAACAACUUGUUUUCAUUUUGAGAGAGCUAAUAGAGUAAAUAUGGCCUUGCAAAGAAAUAAAUAUGUUUUUUAAAACUAAGGAACAUGCUUAAAACAGAAUAACCUGUAGGUUCUUAGUGUUACUAACCUUUUGAGUGUGUGGUGAAUUUUUGUGGUGAGAAAUUUCUUAGGAGUUUCUGUCAUGUGAUCUGCUUUUUAUUUACUCUGGAGUGCUGAGACUGCUUCAUGCCAAGGAAUUGACUAAAAGUCCCUUGAAAAAUAAAGUUAUGUAUUUUAGUAUGAUAUAUCCUAUGAUAAGGCUUGUUAUCUGUACAACUUGUAAUUGUAUAAAACAAGUCAACUUCCUGGCUAGACUAAAUACAUGAUAACAGAGUUGAGUGGCAAUGUGAUAGUGCUGUUGCUGCUGUGUGAAAAGUCGGGGUGCUCAUCUUUCCUUUACACUCCAACAAGCUUGUAUACCUUGAGCUAAUUCAUUAAUUUUCACAUUGUAUGAGCCCAUGCUGUUUCUUGGGCACCCUACAACAUAACUUGGAAAGCUAAAUGUGCUCUAAGGGACAUGGAUUGUUAUUUUUAUGCUCUUGCCUUCUAUUACAACCAUUAGUUUCUUCAGUCAGGGAAUACUGUCUGCAGACAUGCUGCAUACUGGUAAUUCUGAAAAGGGCUGCUGGACACACUGAAGGUUUAAAUAGGAUAUGAUCUCAUUUUGACCCACUCUUAAGUUGCCAUGGAGGUCUGAUUUGAAAUCUGAGUGGUUAUGUUUUUCUGCUGUGCUUUUUUAAUUCAUUCUCUGUUGGUUUUUAGCAUUCCAUGCAGUUCUGUAGGGUCUCUUCUUGCCAGAUAUUAUAAGUAGGUCUAGGUUGAACUAGUAUUUAUAGAAUGCCUGGAGAACUUUUUUUUUUUUUGUCAGGAGUUGUUGCUGUACUGUAUAAAAGUGUUUAAAGGAUAACAUGAUGUGUGAGAGAAUGUUUUUCAGUGAAAUAAUGAAACGGGAACAGUUGUGGCUGAAGAUACUGCAUUGAUGACUUUGCAAUUCAACUUAACUUCCUCAUGCAUCUUGAAGAGAUGUAUAUUUAUCCUAGUUAGUUUCAAGUUAACAGGAUCAGGAUUGGGUCCCUGUAGUUCUUAAUUUAAAGUUUUGAGUUCACAGUCUGCACUAGAACAAAAAAAGUAUUUUCAGUUUAGGAAAUACUCUUCUGAAUUAAUUUCCACAAACUAUGCAAGCUGCAUUGUUGUUGGUAUCUUUUUUUUUUCCCAAACUUCAGUCUAAUUUUUCUUUAAUUGUUUUAUUCACUUCUUAUUUUUCAGGAGACUUUGAAAAAUCCUUAGUGGUCAUGACAUUGUUACAAGUGACAUAAAUUAGCCAGUGGCUCAGAAUGAUGGAUACCCAGAAGACUACAAAUGAACUGUAAUCCUGUGGAAACAGCUGCACAUGAGUAUUGUCCAGUCUGCAAAGAGAAGGGUCAGAUCCAAGGAUUACGGACUUACCGCCUUAAUUUUCAAGAGUCCAUUUUCCUUUGUGAAAAUCCUCAGUGUAUCUACCCGCUUGGUUAUAAACCAUUAAACAGCAUAAUUACUUCUGCUGGUUCAGAAAAUCAUCAAGCUCCAUCUACUCACAAGAAGAGGAAAUUUGGUAAUAUCAGUGACUUUUCUGCUGUUGAAUCAGAUCCAAAAAAAGCAAGAACUAACAACCUGCUCAAUGUUGAGCACACCAUUAGUGCAGACUCCUUUGUGAAAGGCUGCCAGAAUAGUUUGUGUAUUCCCAAGGCGAGCCUACACAAUGUAUUACAAAAUGACCAGCAAAACCUUGGCAGCCAUGUGGGGUCUUGCAUGCAGAACGUGGGUUUUGAAACAACCACCAAGACCAACAACUACCAAGAAAGUCCACCAAAGACUUCUAGUCCCAAAACACAACUAUUGCCAAAUUCUCAGAAUUUAUCAACAGCAUCUGAAAUUUCACUCAAAGAGGAUAAAGAUUCCACUAAUAACAGAGAUUUGUGUCUUCAGUGGAGAAACAUACGUAAUCUUUGUUGGUUAGAUUGUAUUUUGUCAGCACUGGUACACUUACAAACAUUAAAAUCUGCUCUAGCAGAAGAAUGUAACAAUGGAAAAUGUUUACUCCAGAAACUUAUAACAAAGUAUAAUCAAGCAUCUGCUCUUCUGAAUACCUGUAAAAGGAGUAAAGUAAAAGAUGUUCUUCCAAAAGCAGAAUCUCAGCUCAAUGAAAUCAGAAACGUAAUGUGUACAGAACUUAAGCCUCAGCUGAGGUGUGAAUUGGGUGAUAUGAAGAAUCCAGUGUUUGCACUUCAGCUACUCUUAGAAGUGGAUCAACAAGCUGAGAAACUAUUCUUGCAUUCUUUUUCAUGGAAGUCUGAAUGUGUACAUUGUGGCCACAAAUACCAGGACCGAUUGAAGAAAACAGUAACGACAUUUACAAGUGUAAUCCCUGAUUGGCAUCCGCUCAAUGCUGUUCAUACUGCACCGUGUAUUAAGUGUGGAAAUACAUCUCAAAGACAACAGAUGAUCUUGGAAAAAGUACCCUCAAUAUUAAUGUUACAUUUUGAUGAAGGCUUGCCACGUAACAACCUGGAGAAAUACUCGUUUCGAUUUGAGGAAGACACCUACCAAAUAACAUCUGUUGUUCAGUACCAAACAGAUAAGAAGCACUUCAUAAGCUGGUCAUUGAAUCCUGAUGGAACUUGGCUUGAAUGUGAUGAUUUAAAGGGUCCGUAUUGCAAGAGACAUAAAAGAUUUGAAGUUCCUCCUUCUGAGAUUCAUAUUGUUAUCUGGGAAAAGAAAGCACCCCGUGUGCCACAAGAACUGAAUUCACAGUUCCAAAGUAAAAAUAGUGAAGAUAUUCCUCUUAAUGAUGUACAUUCAAAUUCCACAGUGUUGCAUUGUGGUUUUGAUAACACUGUCGGCAAAACACCUGCAGAACAUCACAAAGAGGAUUCUGUGAGGACUCCAGAGAAGAAACAGCAGCAAGUAACUGAGGACAAAAGUAUUGUUCAUCAUGGUUCAGAAAAUCUGGCAGAUGAUGAUCUUGUAACACUGAUGCUUGAAGAAGUGCUGGUUGACUCAGAAGAUAAAUCGCUGCCUAAUGGAGGGAUGGUGGGAAAUAACCUUCUUGAUGGAUGGGGCACACCAGAACAGCAGGAACCAGCUUUUUCACUUAGCACUCCAUAUGCAGGAGAGUUUUCUGGAACUAGUCUAGCUAUGAACAAUAAAUCCAUGUUGUAUGAAAAUUCCAGUAUUUGCUUACCUCUAGAAGAGUUGAACCCAGUAAAUAUUACUGCUCCUGUGCCCAUAAAACAUGACCCUGAUUCAUCUGACUCAUCACCUUCUCAAUUAAAUGGCAGAGCUAAUUUAGCUAACAGAGAACAUGGAUUAAAUUCAGAACUGCUGCUAAACAAAAAGUUGUUAGCAGUAGAAAAUACUAUACAAAAACCGCAUGACUUGAAAGAUGCAAGCAAAACUGUAGUUAAUUCUCAAAUUGGCAGUUCUUCUGGUGCCAGUAAUUCAGUUCAAUCCUCACACAAAGACCGAAAAGGAGGAUUUGUAGGAAGCUGGGUAAAGAAAUUAAGCAAGAGUACUUCUUUUAUGCCUUCAAGUGCCUCAGCUCUCAAGAAUGACAGAAGUUGCAAAACUCCCUCAGUGCAAAGAAUAAGUGAAGUUCGGCUGCCAGUUAAGGGUGCAAGUAAUUUUGGUGGAUUUCAGAGCAGAGGUACGAAGAAGACAACUGAGACCCCAAAGUUACUGGCUCCUCAGAGUAAUAAUACUCAUCCUUUAUCAAAUUUCAAAGGAUUUUCUCAAAGCACUUGUCUUCCAACAGCAAAUCAUACCACUACUGUAGGUCCAACUGGGGUUAAGUCAGAAAGUAUGUUGUAUACCUCAGGUAAAGUGACUCAGUUCCCCUCACCUGGCUAUAACUCUAGUAAAGCAGAAGAGUCAGACAGUGACAAAACAAAAAAACUUCGCCUAAAAUUGUUAAAAAAACUUAAUGCUAAAAAGAAGAAGUUGGCUUCACUGGAUAGAUUAGCAGUGGAACAGAUGAAACAGGAAAAACCUGUGAGUGGAGACGUGAGCACCCCAUCGCAGACUGAAUCCCAGAAUGACAGUGAAUUAUUGCAGAGCUUCUUAAGGGAGCUGCAGUAUCAGAUUGAUGUCACAGGGAAUGGAUCUGAAUUGAAUGCAAACGCUGUGCCAGGGUGCACUGGCCCUGAUAACACUGAUGAAAUACUGGCAGAAUUACUGUCCCCUACUUCGACUGUCACUUCCUUGGAGGCGCUGAAGAGCGAAGAGGAGUGCAUGUACAUGGAAAUGGUGCACGGCAGCGUGGCAACGACCGUGCCCCAGGAGAGCACCAGUGUGCCACAGGCAGCAGUGACAAGUGAGGACCACAAUUACUACAGUCCUGUAAAGGACACUGCUGCAGAGCUUGAUGCAAUAAACAAACACAGUGUGAAAAAACUUUCUUUUGAAAGUCCUACAAGAGAUGAUAUCCUCGAAGACCUGUUCUCCAUUUCAGCACCAAGCUCAAUGGCUGGUGACAUGGAUUUACCUCAUUUUGAUGAAACUCUGUUUGAAACUUGGUAAAUACUCAGUUUCUUGAGUUUAAGUAUUUUUUCAGUAUUAUGUAUAUUUUGAAACAAAGCACUACUAAAUUUUAUUUUAUAACUGGUUUAAUUGCACACUGGCUGUACUUGAACAAUUUACAUUUGAGAUUUUUUUUUUCUUAAUAUUUUACUGUAACAAGCAAAUCAGGGUUUAAUGUAUUUUAUUCUUCUGAGAUGCAGUUAUUUUAGCUGUCAGAUAUGACAAUGAUUUUUAAGUAAAAGCUCCUGCAAGUCUUAA